AAUGCUUGUUCCGCCCCCGUCACUGUGGAAACUUCUGCAUCUGAAUAGCAACAAGGACUCUCUGGUCUUGCCCUUCCCUGUGCUCGGCCAGUGGCAGCCAAACCACUCAAAAGAUGCGAAGGGGGCCGUGCUAAGAGCGAGAGAGAGGCCGCCAUUGGGGUGCUUUCCCUGCCUUGUAGAGCUGAUGCGUUUGUCUGGACUCUGGUUCCCCUGGAGUUUCCUGCCCGCCCGGGUGCAGCCCCUGCCCCUUGGCCUGUCGCAAGAGAGGGUCCUCCUUGCCGCCCUCCCGAGAGAGAGAGCUGCGGGCCAUGAAGAGCUUCUCUAAGCGUGAGGCGGACAGGAGGACGUUCCUGGAACAGGUUCGGGAAAGCAAGGAAAAUGGCUACCUCCUCUCUUCCAAGAAGAUAGGCUCGGGAGCCUUCUCCAAAGUCUACCUGGGUUAUGCCACCCAAGAGAAAAUGAUGCAGAACUACAAGCUGGCCUCAGACCUCAGGAGCAAGCGGCACUCCAUGGUUGCUAUAAAGAUCAUCUCAACGGCAGAAGCACCUGUAGAAUAUACCAAAAAGUUCCUCCCAAGAGAAAUCUACUCCCUCAAUGUUACCUACAAGCAUCUUAAUGUGAUCCAGCUCUACGAGAUGUACCGGAACAGUAAGCGCACGUACCUGGUCCUGGAACUGGCCUCCCGGGGAGACCUCCUGGAGCACAUCAACGCCACAUCAGACAGGAGGGAGCUUCCUGGGCUGGAGGAAGAGGAGGCACGAAGGCUUUUCCGGCAGAUUGUCAGUGCCGUGGCACACUGCCACAAUGUCGGCAUCGUCCACAGAGACUUGAAAUGUGAGAACAUUUUACUGGAUGAACGUGGCUUCAUCAAGCUGACUGAUUUUGGGUUUGCCAAUCGCUAUUCCCUGAAGAAUUCCCUAAUGAACACCUUUUGUGGCUCCGUGGCCUACACUGCCCCUGAAAUCCUCAUGAGCAAGAAGUACAAUGGGGAGCUGGCUGACCUAUGGAGCCUUGGGGUGAUCCUCUACGCCAUGGUGACAGGGAAGCUCCCCUUCAAGGAGCGCCAGCCACACAAGAUGAUCCACGUGAUCAAGCAGGGACUGGCUUUCCGACAGCCCAUCUCACCAGAAUGUCAGAACCUGAUUGAGGGCUUGCUCCAGCUGAAGCCAGCUGCCCGCCUGGGCCUGCAGCAAGUGGCCACGCACCGAUGGAUGCUGCCUGCCACGUCGGCCAUCUUCCACCGAGUGAUGAGCUCCAUGGGGGUUCACCCGGAGUGCAGCCUAAGCCCAGAGAAGUCCCAAGCGGCACAAGUGGAGACCCUGGGCGCCACGUCGCAGCUGCCGGACCUGGAGAGCUCGGCCAAGGCGUCGGAGGGCGCCAAGGAGGGCCAGGUGCGACCCACGCCGCGCGCAGCUUCGGCCACGGGCGCCUUCCCGGCGCGGGCGGCCAAGGUGGCGGCCGAGAAGAAGAGCAGCCCCGACGGGGCGGCCGGCGCGGCCAACUGCAUCCUCCAGCUGCCCUCGCCGCGCAAGACGGAGCGCCCGCCGCGCCUCUCGCUCUACCGGCCCAGCCUGCUCAGCAGCCUGCAGCCCUUCCACCACCUGCCCAACUUCCGAAAGCCCGGCUCGGGCUUCUCCACCAGCGCCUACGUGAGCAGCAAGCGGCUGGCCGACAAGGUGCCCGCCCGGGCGGCGGCGCUGGGGGCGGGAGGCGGCAGCGGCAGCACAGGCGGCUCGGCCAGCCUCUCCAAGCAAGUGCACUCCCUGUACACCAUGACGCCCUGCCCGUGAGCCGCCGCCGCGCAAGUCCCCGCGCAAGCUGCAGCCGC